GCGCCGCAGCCAGCCCGCCGGGAUCAGGGAGUGGCGCCACGCUCGCUGCCGAAAAGGAAACUCCCCGGAUUGGAGGAAAGCGACUCCCCGGAUUUGAGGAAAGCGAAACUCCUCGUGCCGCUGACGCCCUGCCUCUCUUCUUCCUCCACAGCGGCCGAACCCUCCGCGGGCUGCGAGCAAAGCUCUGCGGUCUCUGCGCGGGGACCCUCCUCACACGGCAGCACAGCCGGGCAGCGGGUGCCCGAGGCAUAAGACUCUCUGACUCAUAGCAAUGGGAAGACCCAGGAAGGAGUCCGCUGGCACAUCAUCCCCUCGGGCGGCCACAACUGCCUCCAAAACUGCCCCUGCCGCACCACCACCUUCUACUUCGGCCACUCGGGCCAAGGCCACGAUUGCAGGCAGCCGAUCCCAAUGUGCUCCAGCUGCCAAGGCUACUACCCCCAGUCAGGGCCGGGGAAGAAAGGCAGAUUCUGCUCAGCCAAGACCCACAGCAUCCUGUGGAGCCCGAGGAGAUGCUGGGGACCAGAGCAGAGCACCUCCUAGGAAUUCCUCUACAACCCAGAGGAAGCUGUCUGAUGCCAAAGCAGCUGCUGGUCUGGCCAGACCUGACCCGUGUCUGCAGAAGCAGCCUGGUGCUGACCCGAACAAAGCCUUGGACCGAUUCCUGCCCCCUGUGAAGAGCCAGGACAUCCCACGGGUGGAGAAGGAAACACGGGGCCAGUGGAGCAACCCCAAGUGGUAUGAGAUGCGGGAGAACCGCAUCACAGCCUCUGUGGCCUCCAAAAUUGCCAACAGCAGGUUUGCCAAUGGCAAGACAGAUGAGGUGCCCCAGUCCUACCUGAAAGCUGUGGUGAACCCCGGCCCUGGGGUGCAGACCCCGGCCAUGUCCUGGGGAAUUCGCAAUGAGAAGGCGGCCGUGCAGGCCUACGAGCAGAAGGCGAGGGCAGUGGGCAAGCCAGUGAAGGUGGAGGACUGUGGCCUCUUCAUUCACCCAGACAAGAAGUGGCUUGCUGCCAGCCCAGAUGGAGUCAUCAAAGAGGAGACUACGGGGAAGGACCUGGGGCUACUGGAGGUUAAGUGUCCCUACAAGCACAGGAACAGGACGGUGCGCGAGGCCUGCAAGGACAAGGACUUCUGCCUGGAGGUGGAUGGGGACUCCUAUGCCCUGAAGAAGAAUCAUGGCUACUUCACCCAGGUCCAAUGCCAGCUGGCGACAGCCGGCUUCGAGCGGGCUGACUUUGUGGUGCACACCAAAAAGGAGACAGCUGUAGUCCCAGUCCAGUUUGAUGCUGAGUUCUGGAGGAAGACGGAGCCCAAGCUGGAGAAGUUUUACUCAGAGGCAGUGGUUCCCCACCUGGAGCAGAAGGCAGGUGGCUCUGCCUGGGCUAAGGAGGAGUAGACCCCUGACUACCUACUUCACCUAGAUGCUUGUUUGGCUGCAUAAACCCAGCUUUGACCCCUAGCAUAGAAAUUACAUCCUUGUUAGCUGCUGUUCCUGGACCAUUCACAGCCUUAGGACUGAAAUGUUGUACCAGCAGGACCCUGCUUGGUAAGGGUUCCCACAAACAGUGCCUUCUUCCUGCCCUAGGCAGGUCAAUGCUUGACCCCCAGAGCCUUCUUGCCCUGCCCCCCUCACUGCAUCCCCCAUCUAACCUAACAGCAUGCCUGGUGGAAGCUGGCACACCUCUGGAUCUUCAGGGAAAGCCAGUGAUAUGUCUGUGUUGGAAUUAAAUAAGCCUGAAAUAGACUUAUUUUGUGGAGAAAACUGGAAUCAUUAGCACCUCAAUUGCUGUCAGGACUAAAUCAUAACUGCACUCCAGAGUGGAGACAGAGGCAAGGUUUGUCAGAGCCCAAGAGCGAAACUCAUCUAAACAGUGAUGUGCCUUAAGCGUCAGAGCAACAGCAUGUGGACACCUUCCCUCCCUGAGCCAUCGGACCUGCUGCUUCUGUGGAAUAACCCAUGACAUUCCCCAUGAGAUGGCUGUAGCCUCUGGACCAGGGUUCCCAUUGAAGAGGGUUAUCCCCCAAGCCAUGCACCUCCUGAGGACCUUUCUGUAGAGCCAUCCCUGUGCACCUAUGUAACAGUGUGGGGAGGUGGUUGUCACUCUGUUAAAUAAAAGAUCCACUGGCCUGGU